UCCUCCCCUGUUGUUCAUCUUCUUACUUGCUUUUGCAGGAAAUGAGUUGAUUAUCUUUUUGGCUGACCAAAAGGAGCCCUACUUUAAGCCCCGGGUUAAGUUACCAAUGAAAUCUCUUGGUGUUACCAUAACCAGUGUAGUUCCUGGAGAUUAUGAUGGUGAUUCACAAAUGGAUGCCCUCUUGACCACCCGGGCACAAAAUCACGGCAGAGAUGAACUUUCAGUGUUUAUUUUCUGGGGGCACAACCAAACAUUAGAUCUUAACCAUAAAACUAUGUUAAAUAAGACUUUUCAUGAUGAACCCCUAGUAAUGGACUUUAAUGGAGACUUGAUUCCUGACAUCUUUGGUGUUACAAGUGAUUCGAGUAAGCCACAGAUACUGAUAGGCGGGAACUUAUCAUGGCAGGCUGCAUUGGAAACUCAAAGUACAAUGUAUAUUCCACACUCUCAUGCCUUUAUAGAUUUAAAUAAUGACUUCACUGCUGAUUUGUUCCUGACUACAUCACCAAAUUCACAGAAGAGACAAAAUAUUCAGUUUGAGACAUGGGUAAAUAAGGAUGGGAACUUCUCUAAAGCUGGAAAAAGUAAGGAAAUGCCUAGUGGUGUGGAAGUUGUUGGACAGUCUGUGUUUGCAGAUUUUGAUGGGGAUGGACAAAGUGAACAUUUAUUACCAGUCUGUGAAGAUAAAACGUGUCGAAAAAGUGCCAUCUACUUAACUAAGCUAGGAUUGGAUCAGUGGAUUCCAGUCUUGCAAGACUUCAGAAAUAAAGACACGCUCUGGGGCUUUGUGCCAUAUGAAAAUGACAAAUCUUCAACAGAAAUUUCAUUUCCAAUCACACUUCAUAUUGGAGACUACAAUAUGGAUGGCUACCCAGAUGCUCUUGCUAUACUAAAGAACACAUCUGGAAGCAAUCAACAAGCAUUUUUACUAGAAAAUGUCCCAUGCAAUAAUGUAAGCUGCAAGAGUGUACGUCGCAUGUUUAAAGUUUUUUGGGAGCUCUCGGAUCUAAAUCAAAUCAAAAAUGCAGUGGUGGCAACCUUCUUUGACAUAUAUGAAGAUGGAAUCUUGGAUAUCAUUGUGCUAAGCAAAAGCUACUCCAACAAGGACUUUGCUAUCCAUACAUUAAAAAAUAACUUUGAAUCAGAUGCCUAUUUUGUUAAAGUUAUUGUUCUCAGUGGCCUCUGUUCUAAUGACUGUCCUCGGAAAAUAACACCUUUCGGUGUUAAUCAGCCUGGUCCUUACAUCAUGUACACUACUGUAGAUGCAAAUGGAUACCUGAAAAAUGGGUCAGCUGGACAGCUUAGCCAGUCAGCACAUUUUGCUCUCCAGUUGCCAUACAACGUGUUAGGCUUGGGGCGCAGCGCUAAUUUCCUUGACCAUUUGUAUGUUGGCAUUCCUCGUCCCUUGGGAGAAAAGUCUGUAAGAAGACAAGAAUGGACAGCUGUCAUUCCCAACUCCCAGCUUAUAGUCAUCCCCUAUCCUCAUAAUGUUCCUCGAAGCUGGAGUGCCAAGCUGUAUCUGACCCCAAGUAACAUUGUGCUGCUAACAGCUAUAGCCUUAAUUGGUGUCUGCGUUUUCAUCCUGGCAAUAAUUGGCAUAUUACACUGGCAAGAAAAGAAAGCAGAUGACAGAGAAAAGCGACAGGAGGCUCAUCGGUUCCAUUUUGAUGCUAUGUGACAUGCCUUAAUAUUUAUGAAGGAGCUGCUACUCAUUUGCUUUAAUUGAAAUACUAAAUUCUGAUCUGUAAAAUUAUUACUGUGAAAGUACUGGUGGUGUGCUACUUGUAAAUGUUGUGUUAUUUGGUAUUUAUUUGGAAAAUAUUAAAAUUAGACCUGAAUGUCUCACAAGGCCUUUCAGUUAAUGGACUGUAUAUAAUAGUAUUUGGUCUUUAUUUAACAGAACUGUAAAUUUAUUUUUCUUAGUAAAGGGAUCAAAUUGCAUGUACCAUUGUUUACGUACCACCGAUUCUAUAAUAAUAUUUGACAGAAAGAAAGCUGUGUAAAUAAAAGUUCAGAAUUUUAGGAAGCAGAAUACUUUGUACCACUUUAACUGAUCUUGUCAUUUGUACAUUCCUGCAAAAUAGUCUGCAUUUCUGAAAAUUAACCUUGAGCAAUUUCUCAGAUGACUUGAUCAUUCAUUAUUUUGAUUGUACUAAAGGUGCUCAACC